AUCUGUCAAGAUAAUCAUAACCUAUAUGUUUUUGUUUUUGUGAGAUUUUUACGAUUGCAUUGAAAAGAAAAAAAAUAAUUGUUAUAAAUGUAAAUAUCAAAUUAUAUAGUAGAUACUUAUUAUGUAUGAAAACGUUUUGCGCGUUAAGUAUGUCAAUUUUAAGAAUGGUUUUUUGUAUUUGUCUCCCAAACAUUCAUACUUAAAAACGGGGGUUUGUAUAAAAUUAAUUUAUAAAGAAAAGAGAUAUUACUUUUCUGCUACUAUUCUAAAUAUUGUUGAUGAUGACUGUGUUGGUAUAAAUUCUUUAUAUGCAAAGGCUCUUGGAAUUAACGAAAAUGACUUUGUAAAUAUUCUACAAAUUGAGCAACUCCCGAUAGUAAGGAGUGUUAAUAUACAGCCAUUGACAAUUAGUGAUUAUGAAGUAUUGGAAUUGUUAGCAGAAAAUGUUCAGUCACAUUUGUUGGAUCAAAUUCGAGUUAUAAACGCUGGACAAGAAAUAGUAAUUUGGAUUGGAAGUAAUAUUUCAAUUACUGUUUUUAUUAAUGAAGUACAACCAUUAAAUCCUGGUUUGUUAGAUUUCUUAACUGAAGUUGUUAUUAAAACUCCAACAGGUUUAAUCAAGAAAAACUCUAAAUCAAAAGAAAAUUUUAAAGAUGAAAUGAAAUUUUUAGAACAUUUUAAAGAACAUUUAAAAAAUAAAAGAGUUGAAUUUACAAUUCCUAAAGAAUUAAUAAAUAUAUUUGAUGUAGAUCUUGUCUAUCGACUAGUGCCAUUAUCUGAGCUACCAAUAUUGGAGAGUAAAUUAACCAUAUGUCAACCUUUUAAAGUUUAUGUUUUAAAAAAUGGCCCUCUUCAAGAAUUAUUUCAUAGUGAUACCAAUAGACGAUUCUAUACCAUGUAUUUAUUACAAAAUUCUUACAAUUCUAAAGAAAUAUCAAUAGAACUGUGUUUUCUAGACGAUUUAGUUAAUGAUGAGUCUUUAAAUCUGUUAAAUAAUUGUUUCAGUAAUGUAUAUGUAGACAUUUCUAUAAUUAAUUUUUUUCACUGUGAAUUGGGUACGAGAAUAAUUUUGAAACAGUUAAAGAACCCUUUUGAGGUUUCUGAGAUAGAAGUACACCACGGAAAAAAUAUAGAAUCAAAAGAUGUAUUACAGGAACUGAAAUUAUUCUUAGCUUUAAGUGAUUCCGAACCACAAGUUUUAAAUGCAAAUUUCCCUAUAAAUAUUGGGAAGAACAUUUGCUGCUGUUUAAAAUUUCCACCUAAUUUUAAUUCAUCUUGUGUACUUGAUGGAAAUAAUUUAAGAAAUUGUUCUUAUUCCUUUUGUUUUGAAGAUAUAAAACCUUUAGAAAAUGUUCUAAAAGAUACAGAAGAGCAAAACUUCUUCCAAAGUUUGGCAUGUGUCGAAAUAGUUUUUAAAAAUAUUUUAGCAUGUAUCUGGAAAAAUGACUCGUUUCAAUCUGAAAAUGUACUUAUUUGUGGAAAAACUGGAAUGGGAAAAAGUUCUAUUUUAAAACAUACUAUUAGGAUUCUAAAUAAAUAUCCAUAUUUUGUAUAUACGCAGAUUGUACAGUGUAAAGCAAUUAAAGGAAAAACAGUUGACUCGCUUCACAAAAUUUUUACAGACAUAUUUUCUAAAUUAAUUUUGUGUCAGCCAUCAAUAUUGAUAGUAGAUGAUUUGCAAGUUCUUUGUGAAAACUGUGAAGGCGAAGACACACCUAAUACUGUAAAUUUUAACAGGGUUAGUGAAAUGCUUCAAAGUUUGCUAAACUCUAUUUCAAAAGAAAAUGGCAUAUCUAUUGUAGCAAGUACUGACUCAGUUGCAAAACUUAACAGACACAUCUAUAAAUCUAGAGGGAAUCAUUUGUUUAAGAAUAUUGUUUCUAUUGAUAAUUUAACAAAGGCUGAUAGAGUGGCAUUACUGAAGUAUUUUUUUGAAAAGUCACCGACCAAAGAUUUAGAUUAUAGUAGUUUAGCAAACAAGAGUGAUGGAUUUGUGAUACAAGAUAUUAAAGAUUUUUAUGAAAAGGCUUUAUUUGAAUCCUUUAAAGAAUUCCCCAUUGAAGAGAAACCAUUAAUUGAACAAAAUCAUUGUGAUAUUGCCUUAAAGAAAACUUGUUCCUUAUCGUUGCAAAAUGUUAAGUUUCAUUCUGCUGGGGAUAAGAGCUUUGAGGACAUCGGCGGCCUUUCUGAAGUAAAGAAUAUUCUAACACAAAGUUUUUUGUGGCCUGUCAAGUAUUCCAGUAUAUUUCAAAACGCCCCUAUUAGAUUGCAAACAGGUUUACUUUUAUAUGGUCCACCAGGCACUGGAAAAACUUUAUUAGCAGGGGCUGCAGCUAAGCAAUGUGGCUUGCGGCUGAUAUCAGUAAAAGGGCCGGAAUUACUCAGCAAAUACAUUGGAGCAAGUGAACAAGCAGUUAGAGAUGUUUUUGAAAAAGCUCAGAGUGCUAAACCUUGCAUUUUAUUUUUUGACGAGUUUGACAGUUUAGCACCUAGACGCGGUCACGAUAAUACAGGAGUUACAGAUAGGGUGGUAAACCAACUUCUUACUCAACUUGAUGGGGUAGAGUCGUUAACGGGAGUGUGCGUUUUAGCUGCCACGUCACGACCUGAUUUACUAGAUCCUGCUUUACUAAGACCAGGAAGAUUGGACAGACAAAUGAUGUGUCCGAUGCCUGAUAAGGACGAACGUCAGGAUAUCUUAAGGAUCCUGUCUAGGAGACUUGAACUAGCACCAGAUGCUGAUUUAGCUCAGAUAGCUAUAAAGACGGAAGGUUACUCGGGAGCUGAUUUGCAGUCGCUUUUAUAUACGGCCCAUAUAUCAUCUUUGAAAAUUGUUAAUAAUGAAGAAAUAAUUGCAGAUAAGUCGAUAAUAUCUCAAAACAUUUUGUUGGACGCUUUAUCUAAAACUAGACCGUCUUUGAUUAAAAGCGAAAGAGAGAAGUAUAACAGAAUUUAUGAAAGAUUCCAAGGAGGUAGUACAGAGGAAGAUAUAAAAGGGUUAAAGGUUACUUUAGCGUAAAUAAUUUUUAUAAUUUAUUUUUGUUUAUAAAUAAAUAUAUCAGUUUUUAAUACAUACUUUAAUAUGACUCUUAGAGUUAUCUAAAUACAUAAUGAGAUUUAAUUUUGAGGAUGAUUAUAAAUAAAUAAUGUCAUGAAAUCAACUAACAACUAUAACCA